AUGGCCAUGGCCACCGCGUCAGCAAACAUCUCUAGCACCCCGAAACGCAAGCGUGGAGGAGAAACCUGGGCAUCUCCUAUACAAUUCACCUUUGUGCAUGACCCUCUAUCGUCUUCCUCUCACCCUUCUUCAGCCCCAACUCAAGCAGACACAGAAGAUGGCAGCGAUAGCUCACGAUCAAGGGUCCUUGCUCACAAGUUCCGUGGUCUUGCACUGGAAAGUGGGGGCGGGGCAACAGUCAGCAACGAAGACAGUGAUAGUCUCAUGGAUAAGGACAAGUCGAUGAGGAAGCGACAGAAACCCGAUGAGAUUAUGAGCGAUGCAGCUCCAACUGUCCCAGAAGUGGUUGAUCUUGACGGAAAGUCUGUCAUACCAUCAAAGGAACCAAUGCAACCCUUCAAAAGUCGCGUGCACGAAGAACCCUGGCAACAAAAGCAAAACCACGGGAGCCUGCAUCAUGCAUACCCGUCUAUCAACAGGCUUUCCGAGUCAAAAUCGAGAGUCAAGAAGAGAACGGGCUCGCCGCCACUCCGCAUGAAGCGCCCUUCUCGGCGGCCUUUUGAGGACCCAGACGAAGAAGAAGUCCAGAUUGUCGACCCUGUCAGAGCUGCGCUAACGUGGCAUGAAGACGAGAUCACCAUCUACGACCCUGAUGAUGAGGAUGACGACGGUAUUGGAAUCAACGGUAUCGGUUUCAAACCCACGCCAGCUCUUGCGCAUGCACGCGCCAUGAGACGGAGACAGCAGAUGGCAGAGUAUCGCAAACGAGAAGAGAGUGAGGCACGAGCACGACGCAGUCAGCGACGCGGCCGUGGUUCAGGAGUCAAGUUUGGACGAUCAGAGGAGCAGUCACCACCGCGAAAGGUCAGAUUCACGGACACGGAUGCUUCGAACGUUGCGAUUACUACAGGAUAA